AUGCACUGAAUCCGCGAUAAACCGUAUUUCGUCAUUGAAGUUUACUAUCCUUCAGACAAACAAAAGUCCACACGGUCUUGUACUGGACAGGUGUGCAUGUUUAAUAUAUUAUGAUAAAUAUCUGAUUCAUGAAUGUAUUUGUGGAAUGAUAUUUGGAAUAACACAACAGGAGUUAAGACGUUAACGAUCAGAGUUCAUGAAGGAAAGACAGAUAUUCCACUUCUGUGUUUUUGUAUUUACAACUACUGAAUACCUAUUGAAUCAUGUGAUGCUGACCAGUUCCAGUGUACCAAUGGGCAGUGUAUUCCAGCCAGAGCCAGAUGCGACGAUAACUUUGAAUGUUCGGAUUAUUCUGAUGAACUUAACUGCGAAUUUGUUCAACCUUGUCCCGAAGGACUCUAUCGAUGUGAAGCAGGAAAAUGUGUUGAUAAUAAAGCUAAAUGUCCUUCAUCAGUGUCUGCUGUGCUGUCACGAUCAUCUGUUUUGGAUGCUCUACUAGCUUCAACGGUCACAACAUAUAUACCUAGUCAAAUAUUGAAUCAUCAGUCAACACAAAUGCUUACAUCUACCGACGUAUAUGAAAAACUAUAUUCGUCAUCUUUUAUAUUUGAAUCAAUCAAUUAUCCAUCAAGUUUGAAGCAAACAACUCAAUUGACUGAUUCAUUUUCAACCUAUAUCACUACAACAAUAACUAGCCAUACUGCAAGUAGAAUGUAUUCUUAUUUGGAGCUUUAUGCAACACAAUCCACAGCAUUUACGUUACCUCCAGAAUCAGAUGUACGGCCCAGUAAACGUCUGACGUCAUUAAUAUCUUUGUCAACUUUGCAACCAACAACCACUUUUAGCCAGUUAUCAGAUAUCAUAUCAUCAAAUAUAGACAAACAAACAACUAUACAAACUCAUAUCAAGUCGAACUUUAUAGCUUCUUCGAUGGAUAUCUCUGCUAGCAAAACUGUGCAUUUUGAAGCCUCUGAACUUGAUAUAACAACAAAUAGUCACUUUCUCCUGUUUGUUAAUUCCUCAACAAUGUUCUCGUCUAAACCUUUGCAGUCAGUAACCUCAACGCCUGUAAUGUAUACAUCAACAAUGGUACCACCAAAAUCAUUUCUCCAUGCUUCAGAAGAUAUUUCGUUGAUCCCGGCAGCGGAACCAAGUUUACAUACUUCAUUGUAUACGACAUUAGCGGCAAACAAAUUUUCAUCAAGGGACGUAAAAUCCAUUUUAGUUUCCUUGACAACAUUUGAACAGUACAGAACAUCGACAUUAAAAGAUCUGUUUGAGAGUACACCAAGCAGUACAGAACAUCCAACAAUAUCAGUUCAUGCUUCAGAAGAUAUUUCGUGGAUCCCGGCAGCGGAACCAAGUUUACAUACUUUAUUGUAUACGACAUUAGCGGCAAACAAAUUUUCAUCAAGGGACGUAAAAUUCAUUUUAGUUUCCUUGACAACAUCUGAGCAGUACAGAACAUCGACAUUAAAAGAUCUGUUUGAGAGUACAUCAAGCAGUACAGAACAUCCAACAAUAAAAACAACCCCUUCAUUUGAAAUUACCAUUCCGGAAGAUAAAAAACAUAAUGAUACAGCCUUUCCUUAUUGGGUUAUUGCCAUCAUAGUUGUCAUUAUUUUGAUUGCCAUGACGACUUUGUAUAUACUAUAUAGGCAUUACGUCAGGAAAAGAACAAGGAAAAAAGAAUUUGGCAGUAUAACCAGUAUGGAUAUGGUUCACCCCGACAUUGUACCAAAGAAAACAAAACCUAAAUAUAAUGGAGGAAUCAUUGAAACUUCGUCUUUCAACACAUUACAACAUUACCAUUGAUCUCUAUCAGCUAGUAUUAUAAAUUAUCACGUGCCAAAUCAUUAAAUUUUGUUGACAUUAAAAUAAAAUUCGUUACCAAAUACAUGUAAAAUGAGCUGAACAAUAUUGAUGUUUACACAUUAAAUUGUUUUACUCUUA